UCGGUAAAAAAUAUUACACAGAACAAUGUCCGGGCGGCCGGGCCUAAAUACUAGUUGAUGUUUAAAAGUUGGUCCCUCUCAAAAACGAAAGGAAGAAGUUCAAGGUUGAUUUUUCAAACAACACAAGCAAGGUACUAGCGACCAGAAUCAACUCAUAGAGCGCGAGAAAAUGUUGCAGUUUCCGGCAUUCAUGACGCAAUUUCCGUCAUCGGAAAGGAUGAUUCCGGCAUCUCUUUUGCUGCAACACCAGCUAACAAAUUCCCAAAACGACGACGAACUUUUAGCGUUGGAAGAAUCCGAACUCCUUGACAAGUUAACAGAAAUCAAGAAAUUGAAUAGCAACAUAGUUGUUAUUGGGAAAACAAAGGUGGAUAAUGAUAAAGAGGACAUUGACAACGAUGCAGAAGAUGAUGAUGAUGCCGAUAAUGCUGAAGAAUCAGAAGGUGAAUUUGAACAGGAAACUGCUUAGCUGUCUUGCUGGGACUUGGAGACGACUAAUAACUAUCUACUUGUAGUCUCUUGUGAAUUGAACUCAGUUUCCACAAGCUGUAUCUCUAUUCUCUUGCUUGGUUUUGUGGUUCAUCAGUGCUUUUAGUAGAACCGCCAAAGAAAGUGACAGUAUUUGGUGUAGUAUUAGCAAAUGCUGCUGCCUCAGAAGAGAUUUUUCCCCCCCUUGCUCCAUGUUAUUAUUGUUAUCUGAUAUAGAGGCUGCUAUCAUCUCUACAGAGUGGGGGCUCCAUGUUAUUAUUGUUAUCUGAUAUAGAGGCUGCUAUCAUCUCUACAGCAAGGUCGUCUAUAUUGAAGUGUAUGUUCAUUGAACUUAUAUAUGAAGAUAAUUUUCAUUUGACGAGA